UUUCAAACCUGGGCACCUACGAGUUGGCCAACACUCCUAGCCUGAGUCUAGGAGAGACGCUUAACGCCACACCUAUGCAAUACUCGCCCUCUGGCCACCCUUCGUCACUAUCCUUACCUAGUGUAUCUGAUCAGCUACCAGUGCUUAGAUCACGCUCUACUGUCUUUCCAACUUGUCCAUGCCCAAUAGGUAACGUUAAGGCUGGUGACGAUAUUACCUCAUCAGAGUUUGUUACUUCUUUGUCUACUUCGAGGCUUAUGAUGCCCUCCCGAAACAUUCGCCCUUCUCAAUCUUCUAGUGAGCUUCACUCCAUUUCUACAGCAUUGCCGCUAAUUUCAACUGACAAGAUGAUCAAUGGUCAUCUUGAUUACUCUUCAAAACCUCCCACCACCCUACCCCCCACAUCUUUUGCUUCAAUUAGGCUCCCUAUUUUGCCGAAUGCACUAAAAUCGCCUCCUGUUGUCUCUUCAACAACCUAUUCGGAACUAGCAACAACUCGGCCUAAUAAUUCCAGGCCUCAGGCUCCUCCAGUUCAUGCUAGCGACAGUAUUUCAAAGUCUCACUAUUAUGCUGAUCACUGCUCUCUCCUACCAUCUUCCCCUCUAUCUGACCCUUACCAGGACCGUAAUCAGGGUUUUGAUUCUGGAGGACCUAGCAACUACCCUAUUCAGUCGUCUAUUCCUUGUCGUCGAUGUCCUUUGCCAUCUACUUUUACACACAUAGCCCAUACGCGAGAUGCUCAGUCAUCAAGUGAUUCAGGACACUUUACACCCCGUUUCCUGCCGCAUCAAUAUUUACCUUCUGGUCCAACUUCAAGCUGCUUUAGAGCUCAGAUGCCAUGUCAUCCCUUUACAAGCCAACAGCCUAUAAUGGAUCGCUAUUCCCUUCGAAGACACCAAGAGCACUUGUUGCGACAACCGCAACCGCUUCUCCGCUAUCGACAACAAAUGCGAUGUGAUUCCCUUUCCUCUAAAUAUGACUCCUCGUCUUAUUUUCCCACUUCAGAAGCCUCAAUUGACUCAAAUUUUUGUUAUUCCUCUGCCAAUGAGGCCUAUCUCUCCUCUUUCGCUAACCCAUUAUCUGGCUUGCAUGCUCCAAGGUACACCGGUUAUCAGGGUUUUCCAAACGAUUCAUAUUUGCGCCAGACUUAUUUGACGAACCAGCAGCAACAGUUUGCACUACCCUCAAGUUCGGCUCAUCAGUUUUAUCGACAGCAGCGGGAUCCAACGCUCAUCGAUAUUCAUAACUCUUCAAGCGGUUACUCUGACCAGUCUAGCGAUCAUUCGGUUAGGAGUCUAUCGCCGUUUAGUCUUACUUCAGAACUCGCUUUUCCUCAAAAACCAACAGUAACUGACAAAUCAGAUUCGUUUUGUACUUCAACACCGCCGUAUUCUUCAGUUCCGACGACAUCUACUUCAUCUUCACAAACUGUAUCACCAACCACAUUUGCCUGUCCUGAAUACCUUAGGCCACAGAUCUCACAGCAUUUAGCGGACUCAUCUUCUAAUAGUUCACCUGUAGAAUGCGCUAUUUCUGAAUCAAUUAUUCGGUCUGUUUCUGGAGGCGAUUCUAAUCCAUUAGGAAACAUGAAUGGCGAAUUUAGC